AUGCUAGCUUGCCGCUCCUGCGGGACUACUGACUCCCUGGAUCUGUACGACGUCCCUGUCAAGGAAUGCCGGUUGUCUGAAGGCCAAAAAUGCGAGUCGUGUCUCGCCAUCGAACAACUUGACGUGGAGAUUGAGGUGGUCAAGGCGGCCCUAGCCAAAUUUUUGGAGAAAAGACGCACUUUGAAGUCCGAGCGAAAUGACAGGCAUGAUUCCCUCACUCAACUUCCUCCGGAACUCUACUCCCGCAUAUUCAUCGAAUGCUUGCCUCAGGAGUCAUAUCCAUUUCCUCGUUGGGAACGUCCUCGUCGUCAGGAAUGGUUACCUGUGCCCAUGCUCCUUUCUUCAGUGUCAAGAAGAUGGCGCACCAUCGCCCACUUUACGCCUCAACUUUGGAGCUUUAUCAAGGUCAGGCUCGACUAUCCGGAUUUUCUGCAGUCGGCCAAAUUGAUGCGCGAGUGGUUGACACGCUCCGGCGAUCUACUGGUUUCCAUCGACCUCUACCUCGAGAGGAGAUCCCGAGGAGACGAAUACGAACGCCUCCCAGAUAAUUCAACGAUUUAUCCCAUCGUUGGGGCAUUCUAG